AGCGACCGGGCGGGCACAUUUCGCUGGGACCCGACGCUGCCGCGGGAGCGCGGCCCGGGCAACCCCCCUUUUCCCCCUUUCCCCCCCUCCCCUCCCCGGUUUUCGCCUCGCCAUGUCCGGGGACGGCGGUAGCCGGCACACGGCGGAGCUGCGAGCGGAGCUCUACUUCCUCAUCGCUCGCUUUUUGGAGGACGGACCAUGCCAACAAGCGGCUCAGGUCCUGAUCCGAGAAGUGGCGGAGAAAGAGCUGCUGCCCAAGCGCACGGACUGGACGGGCAAGGAGCAUCCCCGGAGCUACGAGAACCUGGUAAAAUACUACAGACACUUGGCACCUGAUCACUUGCUUCAAAUAUGCCAUCGACUUGGACCGCUUCUAGAGCAAGAAAUUCCACAAAGUGUCCCUGGAGUGCAGACAUUAUUAGGGGCUGGCAGACAGUCUUUGCUUCGUACAAACAAAAGUUGCAAACAUGUUGUAUGGAAGGGAUCUGCUCUUGCUGCACUACAUUGUGGAAGGCCUCCAGAGUCCCCUGUAAAUUAUGGCAGUCCACCUAGUAUAGUGGAUACCCUGUUUUCAAGAAAACUAAAUGGAAAAUACAGACUUGAACGUCUUGUUCCAACUGCAGUCUACCAACAUAUGAAGAUGCACAAACGAAUAUUAGGACACUUAUCUUCUGUAUACUGUGUAACUUUUGAUCGGACUGGCAGGCGAAUAUUUACUGGAUCAGAUGAUUGCCUUGUAAAAAUCUGGGCAACUGAUGAUGGAAGGUUGUUGGCUACCCUGAGAGGGCAUGCAGCUGAAAUAUCUGAUAUGGCAGUAAACUAUGAAAACACCAUGAUAGCUGCUGGAAGCUGUGAUAAAAUGAUCCGAGUUUGGUGCCUUCGAACUUGUGCACCCUUAGCAGUCCUGCAGGGCCACAGUGCAUCUAUAACGUCAUUGCAGUUCUCUCCACUAUGCAGUGGCUCAAAGAGAUACUUAUCUUCAACCGGGGCAGAUGGAACUAUAUGCUUUUGGCUGUGGGAUGCUGGCACCCUUAAAAUAAAUCCAAGGCCAACGAAGUUUACAGAACGUCCUCGGCCUGGAGUCCAAAUGAUCUGUUCUUCUUUCAGUGCUGGUGGAAUGUUUUUGGCCACUGGGAGUACAGAUCACAUCAUUAGGGUUUAUUUCUUUGGAUCAGGUCAGCCAGAGAAGAUAUCAGAGUUGGAGUUUCAUACUGACAAAGUUGACAGCAUUCAGUUUUCUAAUAGUAGUAGCAGAUUUGUGAGUGGAAGCCGUGAUGGAACAGCACGAAUCUGGCAAUUUAAGCGAAGGGAAUGGAAAAGCAUUUUGUUAGAUAUGGCUACUCGCCCAGCAGGACAAAGUUUUCAAGGAGUUGAAGAUAAAAUCACAAAGCUGAAAGUGACCAUGGUGGCAUGGGACCGCCAUGACAAUUCUGUUAUAACUGCAGUUAAUAAUAUGACCCUGAAGGUCUGGAAUUCUUUCACUGGCCAGCUCAUUCACAUUCUCAUGGGGCAUGAAGAUGAAGUUUUUGUGCUUGAACCUCAUCCGUUUGAUCCAAGAGUUCUCUUCUCUGCUGGACAUGAUGGAAAUGUCAUAGUUUGGGAUUUGGCAAGAGGGGUCAAAAUCCGGUCUUACUUCAACAUGAUUGAAGGACAAGGACAUGGUGCAGUUUUUGACUGCAAGUGCUCUCCUGAUGGACAGCAUUUUGCAUGUACUGAUUCUCAUGGUCACCUUCUGAUUUUUGGCUUUGGUUCCAGUAGCAAAUAUGACAAGAUAGCAGAUCAGAUGUUCUUUCAUAGUGAUUAUCGGCCCCUUAUCCGUGAUGCCAACAACUUUGUCCUGGAUGAACAGACACAGCAGGCUCCACACCUUAUGCCUCCCCCAUUUUUGGUUGAUGUGGAUGGCAACCCUCAUCCUGCAAGGUAUCAAAGACUAGUUCCUGGUCGUGAGAACUGCAGGGAGGAACAGCUUAUUCCUCAGAUGGGAGUGACCUCUUCAGGAUUGAAUCAAGUUCUUAGUCAGCAAGCAAAUCAAGAAAUUAGUCCGUUGGAUAGCAUGAUUCAAAGACUUCAGCAAGAGCAGGACCAGAGACGUUCUGGGGAGGCAGGAACCAGUAGUACCAGCCGGAUAAGCAGAGGAUCUGUAAGCUCUACCUCAGAAGUGCAUUCCCCACCAAAUAUAGGGUUAAGGCGCAGUGGACAAAUUGAAGGUGUGCGUCAGAUGCACAGCAAUGCACCAAGAAGUGAAAUAGCCACUGAGCGGGACCUUGUGGCUUGGAGUCGCAGGGUGGUAGUGCCUGAACUGUCUUCUGGUGUGGCCAGUAGGCAGGAAGAAUGGAGAACAGCCAAGGGAGAAGAAGAAAUAAGGGUGUAUCGAUCAGAAGAGAAACGAAAACAUGUAAUGAGUCACAUUCCAAGAGAAAACAAAAUACCUACGUUCUCUAAGAACCAUUCUCAUGAUAAUUUACUUGAUGCUAGUGACUCAAAGAAACAAGCAGCUAAUCAGCACAAUUACCGUACAAGAUAUGCAGUAGAAGAAACUGCAAGGCCUGCUGAAGAGUUGGAAAAUGGACACAGUUCUUCAGAUGAAGGGGAAGUAGUUGUUGCCAGUGGUGGAACAUCAGAAGAUGACGAAAGAGCAUGGCACAGUGAUGGCAGUUCUAGUGACUAUUCUAGUGAUUAUUCUGACUGGACGGCAGAUGCAGGAAUCAAUUUGCAACCACCAAAGAAAAUUCCUAAAAUUAAAACAAAGAAAGCAGAAAGUAGUUCAGAGGAUGAAGAAGGACCUGAAAAACAAAGGAAGCAAAUUAAAAAGGAAAGGAAAAAGGGUAUUGAGGAGAAAGAUGGACCAUCAACAUCACCAAAGAAGAGGAAACCCAAAGAGAGAAAACAAAAGAGGCUGGCUGUAGGAGUUCUGGCAGAAAAUGGUUUGACGCUGGAAGAAUGGCUGCCUUCAGCAUGGAUUACAGACACUGUUCCUCGGCGGUGCCCAUUUGUCCCACAGAUGGGGGAUGAGGUUUACUAUUUCCGACAAGGUCAUGAAGCAUAUGUUGUAAUGGCCAAGAAGAACAAAAUAUAUAAUAUUAAUCCCAAGAAACAACCAUGGCAUAAAAUGGAACUGCGGGAGCAAGAGCUAAUGAAAAUAGUUGGGAUUAAGUAUGAAGUGGGAUUGCCUACUCUCUGCUGUCUUAAGCUAGCAUUUCUUGACCCUGAUACGGGUAAACUGACUGGAGGAGCCUUCACCAUGAAGUAUCAUGAUAUGCCAGAUGUCAUAGAUUUCCUAGUUUUGAGGCAACAAUUUGAUGACGCAAAGCAUAGGCGAUGGAAUAUAGGUGAUCGUUUCAGGUCAGUGAUCGAUGAUGCUUGGUGGUUUGGAACAAUUGAAAGCCAGGAACCUCUUCAGCCUGAUUAUCCUGAUAGCUUAUUUCAGUGCUACAAUGUCUGCUGGGACAAUGGUGAUACUGAGAAGAUGAGCCCUUGGGACAUGGAGAUGAUACCAAGUAAUGCUGUAUUUCCAGAAGAACUGGGAACUAGUGUUCCUUUAACUGACGAUGAACGUAGAACACUGCUCUACAAACCUUUGGAUGGAGAGUGGGGUUCCAGGACUCGAGAUGAGGAGUGUGACAGAAUUAUUGCAGGGAUAAACCAGCUUAUGACAUUAGAUAUUGCUUCUGCAUUUGUGGCACCGGUGGAUCUUCAAGCUUACCCCAUGUAUUGCACUGUUGUGGCAUAUCCCACUGACCUCAGUACCAUUAAGCAAAGACUGGAAAGCAGAUUUUACAGGCGCCUUUCUUCGUUAAUGUGGGAAGUCCGGUACAUUGAACACAAUACUCGCACAUUUAAUGAACCCGGAAGUCCUAUUGUCAAAUCUGCCAAAUUUGUCACAGAUCUUCUGCUACACUUCAUAAAAGACCUUAGCUGCUAUGACAUAAUUCCAUUAUACAAUGCAAUGAAGAAGAAAGUGUUGUCUGACUCUGAUGAGGAAGAAGAGAAAGACACAAAUGUGCCGGGGACUUCCACUAGAAAAAGAAAGGAUCAUCAGCCGAAGCGGCGGCUACGUAACAGGGCUCAGUCAUAUGACAUUCAGUCAUGGAAGAAGCAAUGCCAGGAGCUGCUGAAUCUCAUUUUUCAGUGUGAAGACUCUGAACCAUUUCGACAGCCAGUGGAUCUUCUUGAGUAUCCAGAUUAUAGAGAUAUUAUUGACACGCCUAUGGACUUUGCUACUGUUAGAGAAACACUGGAAGCCGGCAACUACGAGUCACCAAUGGAGUUAUGUAAAGAUGUGAGACUUAUUUUCAGCAAUUCUAAGGCCUAUACACCAAGUAAAAGAUCAAGGAUCUACAGCAUGAGCUUGCGCCUUUCUGCUUUCUUUGAAGAACACAUAAGUUCUAUUUUAUCAGAUUAUAAAUCUGCCCUACGCUUUCAUAAAAGAAAUACUAUAAAGAAACGAAGGAAAAAAAGAAGUAGAAGCAGCUCAGUUUCCAGUAGUGUUGCAUCCAGCCCUGAAAGGAAGAGGAGAUUGAUAAAACCUCAGCUGAAGGCAGAAACUUCUGCCACUUCAUCAUCAUCUACACCUGCACGGUCGACAGCACUGAGACACACUCCGCCUCAGAUGAAUGGAAAAGCCGCUGAGGCCUCCUCUCUUGUGCGGACUCGAAGCAAUAAGGGGAUAACAGAUGUGGCUGUUACAGAGCAACCAUCUACUUCUUCAGGAGCAAAGCCUUUAACUAUCAAGCCUUUAAUUACAAAGCCUAAUACUACUGCAGGGUCAGGAAAGUCAGUACUGGAGAAUUCAACCAAACAUUCCAAGAACCAGAAUAUUGUAUCAAACCCUACCCCAUCUGAUUACAGUCAUAACACUAGGAAUAACUCCACGAAAGAAAAUCCCGAGAAAGAGAAGCAAAUCAAGCGCAAAGUAAAAUCUUCCACUGUUAAUCCACAAGCAGAUUGCAAGAACAAUGCUUUGGCAUCAGGAAGCGUUCAGGUAAAUGGACAUGGAGGACAGCCUUUGAAACCUCCAGUUAAAAGAGGUCCUGGACGGAAACCCAAGGUGGAGACUAAUAACAGUAGCUGUGAAGUGGUGGUGCACAAGAAAAGAGGCAGGAAACCAAAAAAGCUACAAAUUGUUGAACAGCAAAAGGUAGUAGAGCAGAAUACAAUCCAAACUGCAAGGGAUAUACCAGAGGAAGCCUCUGUUUCUACUGCAUGCAAUUCUCUUUCUGAAAAUAAUGUGAAGGAAGACUUGCUACAAAAAAAAGGCCGAGGGGGUAGAAAGCCAAAAAGGAAGAUGAAGAGCCGCCAGCCAGGCUCAGACCUCUUAGUUCCUGCAAAUGUUAAAAUGCAAACGAGAAGCAGGAGGAAAAAGACACAUGAGCCUAUGGAGGAGAGUUCUGAAGAGCUUAAAGAUUCUGAACCUCACAUGAGAACUAGAAACCAGGGUAGGAGGACAGCCUUUUACAAUGAAGAUGACUCUGAGGAAGAGCAAAGGCAGCUAUUGUUUGAAGACACCUCCUUAACUUUUGGAACUUCAAGCAGAGGCAGAGUCCGAAAGUUGACUGAAAAAGCAAAAGCUAAUUUAAUUGUAGGUAGAAGAUUGUACAUCUUAAUUUUACGAGGAUAGAAGGCCUUAUCUGCAGAACAUGGGUACUGCUUCCCACCCAGUAAUAUCGGUGACUUUAGCCAGUAAGUUUUUGAUUCUUAUUAGACACAUUAAUGUUUUUCCUUUAAAACUAAACUGGAUAAUUUGGGUCAAUUUUUUAUAGAAGCAAUGCUAGAAAUUUAUUAGAAAUUAAUACCAGAUUUAUUUAAAAGUUAUAUUUUUUAUAGUUUAAUUUCACUAGGUUGCAAACUUUAUUUAUGAGACUUUAGUCACCACCAGACCAUAUUUUGGUUGGGGAAAAAUGUAUUAUUUGAGGUGGUCAUGAGAUACUGUAUCAAUACAGAAAAAGAGCUUUUGAUUACAGAGUCAUAGGUUUUUAAAUGUGAGCAAUAAACUAUUGGUCAGUGUUCUGAAAUAAUUUAAGAACUAUAGUUUGUAUGCAUGUUUAAUAAUACCAUCUCAAGUACCUAACAACUGGUUCAGAAAAUGGAGUAUCAAAACCUCAUAUGCUUGUUUUACAUUUGCAUUGUAAAUAACAUAGCUUCAUAGUCACAUACAUGCAAAUGAUCUGGCAGCAAUUAACUCAGCUUUUUUUUCAUUAAAUUCGUUUAUAUUUGACAUGGAUAUGAGGAUACUGUUCUGGUAUUUCUAUGCUAUACUGGGAAACGUUAAAAUUGGUAUUUGCUGCUGAGUGGUAUCUUGAUAACAGUGUGUUCUUUACCUACCAAUGAGGAAAUACUUCUGCUUCUGUCAUAAGUGUGCUCUAAAUGUUUAACAGGAAUCAUUGUACCUGUGCCUACAUACUUAAAAAUGCUUUAGCCACUUUGUUUCUGUUGUUAGUGUGUUCUCUGGGAGCUGAACUGAAAUUUUGCCACUGUAGUGUUCAUUAUUAUUGUCAAUAUUGAACUAGAGCUCUUUGUCACUUGGCAAUGACCAGUGAUACAACUUUACAGAGAAAUGUCUUCCUCCAGUGAUUCGACUGCUGUGAUAAAGAUUUUCAGAUGUUUAUUUGUACAGUGUCUGGUUUGUACCUGUGAUCAGUUUGUUGAUAGACUUGUAAGGUUGAGUUGGUUGAGUUAAAUAUUACUAUGGCUUAAUAUUUGUAAAACUAUUAAUUGAUAAAGGACCCUGAUGCAGCACGUAUAGAUAUUAAUAUCUAUUAAAAAAUAAAUUGUAGUGUAGAGACAGCUUAUUCACUGUAUUGCUGUACAAAUAUUUUUAAGUACCAAUUCUGCACCAGAGGCUUUUGUCUUACCAAAAGAAGGACUACAAUGCUACGCAACAAAUAGCCUGUCCAUUCAGUAACUUCAAGCUUGUUACAAUUUUACACUGCAUUUUUAAAUAUUUUGCUCACAUUUGUUGGAUUGAGGACUACAAGUAAACGCUUUAGCGUGUAAUUUGAAUUUAGGCACAUGUUAAAUAGUUGACAGAUUCUAUAAAAGCAAUAGGCUUAACUGGAUGGGACCCUUUCACCCUGUAUUUAUAUAGUAGAUUGGAGAUUAGAGGUUUUUAAGCUCACUUUGAUCAACAUUUAUUUGUAGCAUGUGAAUCUUGCUGAGGUAAUUUUACAUCACUGGUCAAUCAAAAUGUAGCCAUACCACAAUAUUUACAUUUUCUCCCGAGUCCUCACCUUAUUCUAAAAUAGUAUAUUUUGUCCACAGUAGACUGUCAAGGGUUUUCCUUUUCAGCUUUUUUUAAAGUAUUUUAAAAUAUUUAUUAAAACUGCUACAGUGCUGUGAUAGAGAAGGUACAGCGUUUUGAAACCUCAUCUAGAAACAGCAAAAAGCUCAAUUUCUGUUUAUGACCUAAAUGAAGACAAAUGAACUGUGUAAAAUGAAUAUAUAUUUUCUUUUAUCCCUGAAGUUCUUGUAACAGAUUGGUUUCCAAGGGGACCUAGAUAUUCAACUGAUAAAAGGGCUGUUAGUUUUCUGCUGUAAAUUACUGUAUAUACAUGUUCAUAUGCAGAGGAAAGUGUAUAACAUUUCAUAAAACUGGCCAAGGCUUGACAGUGUGUUUCAAAUAACCAAUCUGGCAUUGACAGCUUACGUAGCUUCUUGGUUUUGAAUCGUGAAUACAGUUUGCUCACUUUCUAUGAUGUCUGGGGGAAAAGAGCAGGUAGCUUUUAAACCAGAGCUAACCUCCAGGUGCUCUUGUGUUUCUGCUGAUUUUAAUGCGGGAAUUCGCCAUGUCAUUUUUACAGUGUGCUAGAGGAGGAAACAUGCCAGGAAGCCAGAUGAAAAGACAUCUUAAAUUGCAGAAAGGUGAUUAGCUGCUUCCCCCUCACCCCCCCCAUCCCCCCUUUUCCCAAGGUUCUAACAGCCUCAAGGCGCUCUAGAGAGAAACCUUAUAUGCUGCAAUAAAAUAAGGGUGAAUAAAUUUAGCUUUUAGGAGGUACGUAGUGAGACAAGUAGUCAUUUGGAUCCUUUUUAAUGCAGAUAAAUACAUCAGGAAAUUCACUUCAAAUAAUGCAAACAAUACAUUUUAGGGAGGGAAAGUAGUACUAUACUAUGAAUUUCUACACUGAAAGAACAAAGAAUAAGGUCACACAAAGUAGUAGUAGAAAGAAAGAGAAGUACCUAUCAUGUACUGUGUGAUGUACAUGUACUAUUUUGUGCUUACAACUGCGUGGGUUGGUUUGCUAAUGCAUUGAGACCAUACAGAAGUUACAUUUUUGGACCAUACUAAAACUGCAGAAGUGUGGUGGACAACUGGAUAAUGAUCAUGCGUGAAUUAAAUUCUGUCAUAAUGUUUCAAUAUGUAUAGAAUGGAGCUCAACUUCAAGUAAAUUACCUAGAAAGGUUAAUUUUAAAACUGACAAGAUUUUCAGAUUAAAAAUUACACUUAUUUUGUACAGAAUUAUGUAAAACACAAAUCUGUUGUAUGUAAUGAGUAACAGUUUUGAAAACUAUAAUUCUUUAGCUUUAUCAAGGCUUUUUUCCUUCCAGAAAUCUAGAUUAUCAUGUUAUAACCUGAAGUAUCUCACCAGGAUAACAGUGCCCUUUCUUUUUGUACAUAUGGAUUGGAAAUUUCUUUACUGUUAUGUGGACACUUUCUAUGUUAGUUUUGAUGCAUAAUACUUUGAAUCCUUUUAUACAAACUAGAAUGUACGUGUAAGAAUUACUGUCACUGCAAUGUAGUAACUACAAACUUAUUUUUAAAUAAAUAGAAAACAUGUUUUUCUAA